GUACAAAAAGCGAAGCGCGCGCCUUAUGAGUAAACGAGUUACGUAACGGGGGGCCGAGUGUCGAUGGUGAAUCACUAUGAUACAGUACCAAGAAGUACCAAGAAGUAGAGACUAACUAGGUUUAUUUUCCUGGCGCACAUAGUCCCAGAUGUUCGGUGAAUCUGACUCGGAGAGUCCACGAGUGCCCUCCCCAUGGGACACACUCACUUCCGUACCUCCAACACCCACACACAACGAAAUCCUUCGACGAGGAACACCGCAGCUAGUUCCAGAAAACGAAGAGGGUAAUGUAGAGUACAAGCUUCAUCUCCUUUCUCCUUCCCCCUCUCGCUUUACCCGCCUCGUCACACAACUCAAAUGGCGCCUUCUAGAAGGCGGUGGACAGGCAUACUAUGAGCUUGGUGUUGCCGACUCUGGCGUACUCAUAGGGCUGGAGAGGCGGGAGAUGGAGGAAACAUUGGGUACCCUAGAAGAGAUGGCUGGCGAGAUUGGUGCCAGCGUUAUAGUGGUGAAGGAGAUUGAGGUGCCAGCGGAGGUGAGCGGAGUUGUUGAAAGCUGGGGCGGGGAUGAAAGCAGGCGAAGGAGACGGAGGCAAAUGAUAAAUGAGGACUCAGAGACAACAACGACUACGGAGACCGAACUGGAGACUAUCGAUGCGGACGAUGAUUUUGCAACAACAAGCAGCCACGUGGAAGUGUUCUGCAUGGACAAUGAGGAAGUUGACUCGUUAUCAGACCGUGCGGCACUUACCCUGGACCUCGAGAUUGCGACCGUGUAUAAACCUCGCCCAUUCCGCCGCCGUGUUGCGAGCACUAUGCCAGGCCACUCAGAUAGGCGCAAAGGCAAGGGCAAAAAACCUAAGCAUUUGCUUGCGCACACCCGUGCCCAGCCUAGUUCACAUUCCGAGCAUCAUACACAUCACUUGCACCACUCCAAUGUUCACAACUCAGAUACAGACCCUGUACACUCAACUGAAAUGCAAGCCCACUCAAUGACUGGUAGCAAGCAAUCCAAGCGCCGCGCAGCCAGAGACAAGCGACGUGAGACCAAGCGCGAUCCUCAUCUCAUGCAUGUUCCAACCAUUAACGCUGGGGAAAUGGGCGAGCUGGUCUCAGGCCUAGAAUCCUUUCAUGUCACACUUGAGCCUGAAGGCCUGUGUGUGGCGUUCGUGCCUCCCGAAAUUGAGUCCUCAGUGCAUGACAGUGCACACCUCGAAGACGCUCAAAUUGUCGAAGUAUGCUCUGGGUCACACUCUUCUAUUUUUGCGGAAACAUAUUGUCAGCCCCAACCCGUUGCAAACGAGUUGGCCUCUCCACCUGAUAUCACGCUGAUUCCGUCCAAACUUCCUACUUCUGAGAUCGAGACGGCACUGUCAGAACCUCGGCUCAUCGUCGAGGCGCUUGUUGUUCGAAAAAUGUCACUGGAAGAGGCAUUUUUAGACUUUGGAGGAUUCUCAGCGUGUUGAUACGAAUCUAUUGGAGUGUAGUGUUGUCCAUAUUUACAGUUUUAUGUUGUGCAAUUGCACAUUCGGACUCAUUUCUUGUAUUACAGUUAUAUCAUUAUUCACGGCAGAUGCAAU